CAGUUCAAGUACCCAUUUAGCCGGUUUGGACUCUGAAUAUUGGAUAAUGGAUACCCACUUUCACAACCACACAAUCGAAGAACCCUAAACCUAAUCCCUAAUUCAUCUCCGAUCCUCUUCCAUUUCUCCCUGCAUUUCCAUCACAAAAUCCGAUUCAUUACUCGUAAUUUCACUCGGAUCACUCUAACAUCAACGAUCGCUCUGUUUCGUUUUGUGCGAUUUCAAAAAUCUCAGGUUUUCGCGAUUUUAUUCAUGCAUAAUACUAAGUUUGAUUUACUCAAGCGAGGUUAAAGACUUCAACAAGGAUUUUUUUCAGCUGCUUAGUUUGGUAUUUGAUUCCACUGACGCUUUUAAAGUCACUGUCUUCAGAAACACUGUGAAUAUGGGUGAUUGUGAUGACAUGUUAGCCUCGGAGACAGCAGAACACAUGGUUUCUAUCCAUCCACUUGCUAUCUCUCCACCUCUCUCUAAGCCGCGUAGGAAUCGAUCUGAAGCUUGGAAUCACUUUACAAUAGAGUCAGAAACAACGAAGAAAGCUAAAUGCAAUUACUGUGGCUCCUUGAUCAAGUAUGAUAAAGGAACUAGUGCCAUGAGGGCUCAUUAUACGAGAUGCAAGGAUAAGGAUGAACCCAAGAACGAUGUUAACAAGAGGCAAAAGUCAGUUUCGUCCUCAACGGAAAAUGUGGAGGGAAAUAUUUGUACUUCUCCUUUGACACCCGUGUUUGACCAAGAGGGAAUCCAAAAUGUAGUGGUGAAGAUGUUCAUAGAUAUGGAUAUUCCUCUUGAGCGCGUGGAGCAUGCAGGUUUUCACAAUUUUAUGAGCGUUGUGCUACCGAGAUUUAAGGUCCCCUCAAGCAUUGAAUUAGCUCAUGAUGUUUUGAGACUGUGGGGUACAGAAAAAACAAGGUUGAAGAAGUUUCUUUCUCAACACUGUCAACGAGUCUGCCUCACUGUUGACACAUGGACUUCUGCUGAAAGCUUUUGUUACAUGUGUUUGACAGCGCAUUUCAUCGACAAUGACUGGAAGAUGCACAAGAAGGUUUUAAAUUUUUCUCAAGUCACAAGCCACUCACAAGUGGUUAUGGCUAAGAUAGUGGAGCAGUGCUUGAAUGAAUGGGAGGUAAAUUGUGUGCUUAGUUUAACGAACGACAUUGUCUCACUUAAUGAUGGUGAGACUCCACAUCUGAAAGACCAGCUUGUGUCUCAGAAUAGUUUAGUUCUGAAUGGAGACUACAGUCAUAUGCAUUGUUGUGCAUAUUUUUUGAAUUUGAUCGUGAAAGAAUGUUUAAAGGAAGUUGAUGAUUCUAUUGUGAGAAUUCGUUCUGCCGUGUGGUACAUAAGAUCUUCUCCUUUGAGAUUUUCUAGAUUCAAAGCAUGUAUUGAGCAACAAAACAUUGAAUAUAAAGGUUUCUUUUGUCCAAAUUUUGAAACAAGAUGGGACUCGACAUAUUUAAUGUUAGAUGAUGCAUUGAAACAUCGUAAGACAUUUGAAAAUCUUGAGGUGAAAGAUCUUAAAUAUGUUGAUGAGUUAAAGAAGGAAAAAGGUGUCCCUACAAUUGAAGAUUGGGAAAUUCUACGCUCAAUCCUUCCUUUUUUGAAAUUGUUUUAUGACGCUAUUCUACGCAUCUCUAGUUCCUCUUGUGUGACUAGCAAUCUGUAUAUGUUUGAGGUCCUUGGUAUUGGAAUUGCAAUUAAGCAAAUGUGCAAUUCUGAAGAUAUACAUAUAAGUUUAAUGGCCAAAAACAUGAGAAAGAAAUACGAUAAGUUUUGGGGAAAUCCCCGUAGCCUAAACAUGUUGUUGCUGGCAGCUCUCGUAUUAGACCCUAGACACAAAGUGAAAUUUGUAAGUUGGUGUGCCGAUAAAAAUUAUAAUGGCGGGGAGGCAACUUAUUUGAUAGAUAAGUUAAAGUCUUCUUUGAAUUCCCUUUUUGAAGAGUAUAAUGGUGGAUCAGAGGUGUCUCACACUAACUCUAACGAAGGCGGUUAUAAUGAUCCAUAUGGCUUCAAUAAAUUUUACCAGUCAAGUGAGUUCAACAAAUCUGAAUCCGAGUUAAGUAAGUACUUAGACGAAGCUUUAGAGAGUUGUGGAGAUUUGGAUGUCCUAAACUGGUGGAAGGUAAACUCAAGCCGAUUUCCAAUCAUUGCAAACAUUGCAAGAGAGGUUUUGGCAAUACCUGUCUCCACCGUGACCUCUGAAUUUGCCUUUAGUCUCGGUGGAAGGGUGCUUGAUUCAUAUCGAAGUUCUCUACCGCCAAUAACAAUGGAAGCUCUUAUUUGCGUCCAAGAUUGGCUUACGGCAACUUCUUCACCUUUGCAUACAAAUGUGGAAUUUGAGAAUCUUAAAAAGAUUGAGCAAGAACUGAUUUCUUUACAUGAUGUUGCUGGUCUUGAUAAUGAUUGAUGGAGACGAAGCAUGUAAAAUGUAGACCCUAUUUAUAAUAGGACUGACAUGGUAGAAUUAACAACAUACGGAAAGGGAGAAAAGAAGCGAAUGAUAGAGAUAAUUGUUGGAGAUGCAAGCAUGGCUGCUGUUCCAUUUGAGAUACGUGCACCCCCAAUGUGAAAAUGAUUUUAAUGCCAAGGAAGGAAGGUUUGAAACAUUUUGAUUCAAUUCAAGGGUUAACCUUCCAACUUGGAGGAGAAAGAAUGAACUUUAUCACUAAGGUGAUGAAAAUUUUUGUUUCCAGAAAACUAGAGUAGUGUCUGGCUAUUUGCUACUGAAGCACAUACAUACAGAUCAAUAUCACUUUAAGUUUGAUUACAAUAUGAAGCAAAAGUGUUGAGGUAUCUGUAACCCAAAAGAUAACACACCUUGCUCCCUGCAACCAUAAAAAGUACAUGUAAAAAAUAGUGUUGAACUUGAACAUAGGUUGUCUCAUAACAUGGAUAGAUAUGUUAAUUAUACUUUUUGGAUGCCGUGGCUUGCAUCUUGUCCUGUCUUGAUCAUUUUGGUUUGUACUAAUCGAAAGAAAACUUCUUAUUUCUGUUGCCAAUGAAUGAAUGCACUCAUCUAAACCUAUAGUAAUUGUGUUGUAGUUUCCAACUGCAAGAACAUUUCUUGAAUUCAUGUAAUUCUAUAGAAGAGAAGGGAUGGGCUACCGAAGUGAAAGUAGUCUUGCUGCAAUUAAAAGUUGGGGGUUACUCUUUCCACGUCCUUAGGGGUGCGCCUUCACCACUGUGGAAAGUUACUACUGCUAUUAGUGUUUGGAUAUACAUUUUCGGACUAUUUUUUUUUACACACCCCUCAGUGUGCAAAUUGAUUAGACACUCUAUUUUGCUAAAAUUUAAAGUAGAGAUGCAUCAUGUACACUUCUUUUGUUUCAAAUUUCUUUUGCAAAUGAAGACGAGAAUUUGCACACAAUCCUUAACUUCGAGAAUUUGUUUCCAAUUACAU